CUAGAGCCCAGGCCCCGGGCAUCCAUCAUUCCUCGGUGGAGGAGCACCUAGCUUCCUGCGCACUGAAGGAUUUCUAAUCAGACAGCUAGCCCCAUCGCGCUCCAGCGAUCCAUUUCGAUUGUGUGUGAGGUGCUGCCAGCUGAAUUAGGCAGAACAGUUUUCUAAAUGUAAAGAUUGAAUCCACCUGUUGUUAGGGGCAAACGCAGUUUCUUCUACGGGUUGAUUAGAAUGGCUGCCACCUCUUCGUGCCUCCGUGCUUCUUUGCAGCCCGGUUUUGUGGCGAAGCUGUCGCACUCAGAUGAGACUGCCACCUUGAAGUGGUCCAACAGCGCUUUGAAACAACAAUUACCCUCUCACUCUGUUCCACAUCUUGCACAGAGCCCGUCAUUUCAUGCUGCAGCUGUGGUUGAGAGUGGUUUCCCUCUUCAUCUGCUGAGCGCUCUGAAUAGCAGACGGUUGGCAUCUGUGAUUUGCAGAGCAACAGUGUCAGGCAGACAGGAAAGCGAGCAAAGCAGAGCAACUGCAAAAGGAGGCCCUGAGGAAGGUCCAGUUACACCCUUUCAUUUGGCAUUCCCAGUGAACGAUCUUGAGGCGACGCGCGAGUUCUAUGGGAGAAUCCUUGGCUGCCCUGAAGGCCGCAGCGCCAACACAUGGAUUGACUACAACUUGUUUGGUCAUCAGAUUGUCUGUCACUUGAUACCAGGCUACAAUGGAGCUUCUACAGCAAACCCUGUUGACGGCGAUCCGGUCCCCGUUCCGCACUUCGGCCUGGCCAUGACGCAAGACGACUUUCACUCGCUCGCGAGCCGCGUGCGGGAGGCGGGCAUCGAGUUCGUCAUCGAGCCACACAUCCGCUUCAAGGGGGCGCCAGGCGAGCAGUGGACCAUGUUCUUCAAGGAUCCCUCGGGCAACAGUCUGGAGUUCAAAGCGAUGACGAAUCCAAACAACCUUUUCGCGAAGUACAAGGUCGACAGUUGAUAUUGCUGGUCACUUCGCAGCACACAGUGCAGGAUUUACAUCGCAGUGAGGAGUCGAGAGGAAUUGAGAGAAGCGAAAGAAAUUCCCGCCCGUUUAUGAACAGGAUCUACACAAGGAGGCCAGUAAGUUAAAGAGGACCGCUUGUACAGCCCUGUCCUAGUAAUUCGUCUGUUUUCUUUUCAGUUAGGCCUUCGUAUCACCUACCAACGAGUCGAACCGGGAUCUUGUUCCAAGUGGUUGCAAAUCGAUCGGAGACUUUCACUACUAAGGCUCACAUGCUUUUGAGGCCGACAACAGCACUUUUGGCACAUCCGCAUGCAGCUCCGGAUAUCCUCAACCUCAGGUCAGCCAAGUGGUGGGUAGGGUAUCUGGGGUAGCUUGUAGGCACUGCGGUCUCAGGUUUAGAGCAUAGUCGAAUAUAAAAGUUGCAAAACGUACUUGAGUGAUUGUGCAACCACAUGGCCUGCCAUUGCCAUCAAUGUCGACGGGCCCCCAAGUCUUCUGACAACAACUUACACCGUUACCCUCUCAGCAAGCUUCUUUUCUUCGUAUUUGAUGCUCUAACUGGAAUCAUAAGCUAGGAAAUAAUUAAAAUAAGUUGAUGUGAAGUUGAUCAACAACUUCAGAGAGUCAGCAGGGAGCAUGAAGCAAAAGUUCAGCCAAUAUUGGCUUGCAGAUAUUGCCAGUCCUUCUGCACAGAAUACGUACCUACAUACGAACUUUGAAAAAUUCACUAGUGCUCGUGACUUCACGAGCUCGUC